GGCCAUGCAGCCCCCAGCACAGAUGGGGGGAAGGUCUUCUGCAUGGUCUACGCCUUGCUGGGGAUCCCCCUCACCCUUGUCAUGUUCCAGAGCUUGGGCGAGAGGAUCAACACGUUUGUCAAGUACCUCCUCCAUCGUAUCAAGAAGUGCCUUGGCAUGAGACGGGCAGAGGUCUCCAUGGCCAACAUGGUCACCAUUGGGUUCUUCUCCUGCAUCAGCACCCUCUGCAUCGGGGCAGCCGCCUUCUCCUACUACGAGCACUGGAGUUUCUUCCACGCUUACUACUACUGCUUCAUCACCCUCACCACCAUUGGCUUCGGGGACUAUGUGGCCCUACAGAAGGACGAAGCCCUCCAGAACAAGCCACAGUACGUGGCCUUCAGCUUUGUCUACAUCUUGACAGGGUUGACAGUCAUCGGGGCUUUCCUCAACCUGGUGGUGCUGCGUUUCAUGACCAUGAACGCUGAAGAUGAGAAGAGAGAUGCUGAACAUCGGGCUCUGCUCACCCGGAAUGGUCAAGCCAGCACCAUCCACACCACGGACACCACCUCAGCCACACCAGCAGCAGCGGUGGGGGGUGGUGGGGGUGGUGGCUUUCGGAAUGUCUACGCUGAGGUUCUCCAUUUCCAAUCCAUGUGCUCAUGCCUGUGGUAUAAAAGCAGGGAGAAGCUGCAAUAUUCCAUCCCUAUGAUCAUCCCUAGGGACCUCUCCACCUCAGAUACCUGUGUGGAGCAGAGUCACUCCUCACCUGGUCGCUGUCCUGAGACUCCCUCCAACAGAUGCUUCUGCAACGCCCGCCGGUCGGCCAUCUCUGUCUCCACUGGUCUCCACAGCCUGACAGCUUUCCAGGGGCUCAUGAAACGCCGCAGCUCCGUGUAG